UUGAUUCUUUCCGGAUAUUGCACUCCACCACCCUUUGAUUCUCUCUAUUGCUCUCCUAAUCAUUAAUUACAUAUUAAUCAGCUUCACUAAGAAAUUAAUCUCUUUUUUCAUUAGGGCCAUUGAUUGGUUAAAAAUCGAAACUUUCUUGUUUUUGUUUGCUGCAAAACUGAGGCAAUAAAUUAUUUUUAAAUUUAAUUAUAUAUGUAUAUAUAUAUAUAUAUAUAUAUAUGUAUAGCCGUCCGUCUCUGUUCUGUUCUUCUCUGUGGCAGUAGCUUCAAUUUCUUUAAUCCAUGGCGUAAACACCGAAUCUAGUAGAUAUAUCUUGUUCAACUCUCUGUCUCCCCCCCUCUCCAAUAUAAAUAUAUAUAUGCUUGGAUGCGAUUGAGUGAGAAUUUUGCUGUGAUUGUGAAACAUUUGGGGGGAAAUCGAGAGGUAUUGGUGAUGGGGAAUAAAUUGGGGGGGAGGAGGAGGCAGGUGGUGAAUGAGAAGUACACUAGGCCUCAGGGGUUGUACCAACACAGAGAUGUGGAUCAUAAGAAGCUCCGGAAGCUGAUUCUCGACUCCAAGCUGGCACCUUGCUACCCUGGUGAUGAUGAUACUGCCUGUGAUCUUGAGGAGUGUCCAAUUUGCUUCUUGUACUAUCCAAGUCUUAAUCGGUCGAGAUGCUGCACGAAGGGCAUUUGUACGGAGUGUUUUGUACAGAUGAAGACCCCCAAUGCGACGCAGCCUACACAGUGCCCGUUCUGUAAAACAUCAAAUUAUGCUGUGGAGUAUCGAGGUGUUAUGACAAAGGAGGAGAAAAUCAUAGAGCAACUUGAAGAGCAACGAGUUAUCGAGGCGAAAAUAAGGAUGAGGCACCAAGAACUUCAGGAUGAAGAGAAGUCGAUCAAACUAAGAGAAAUAAGCUCUUCUAGCAGUAUGAGAGCACCAACUGAGGUUGAAUAUUGCUCAACCCAAGCGCCCACUUCUGUUUCUGCAAUAAGAAGUGAAGAAAUUGUUGCUUCAGAUGAGUCCAUUGAAACUUCAGUGCUUAGACCACCUCCACGCCAAAGGCAGACUAGGGAGGAUGAAUUUGACCUUGAUCUCGAGGACAUCAUGGUUAUGGAGGCGAUUUGGCUGUCUAUUCAGGAAAAUGGUGGGCGCCAAGAUCUAUCUUACAGUGAAGCAGCUCAGUCAGGAGAAUACAACGUAGAAGAUCACACCUCUUUAGCAGAAACAGUUCCGGCAGCUGGAGCAUCAUCGUCUCCUUCUGGUGGUCUUGCUUGCGCUAUCGCAGCCCUUGCUGAACGUCAGCAGGUUACGAACUACGGUGGUGACAUAUCUGGAUACAGCGGGUAUUCCAACGGGGAGGGGCAGGAAUCUGAAAAUUAUUUUCCUGCAGAGAGCAGUACUGUGGCAUCACCUGACAGCCUGCUGGCAAUGACCGGGGAUGCUGGAGAAUGGGCUGAUCAUCGAUCUCAGAUGGCUGAAAUAGGAACUAGCUACAGAGGUUCUGAUGAAUUCGGGGAUGCAAUCAGUCUGGCUUCUAUUUCACAUGAAGACGAGAACCAGAGCAGCAGUGGUCGAUCUGUUGCAGGAUCAAUAAUGCCCGAGAGUUUUGAGGAGCAAAUAAUGCUAGCCAUGACUGUUUCGCUGGCCGAGGCUCGAGCGAGGACCAGUACUGUUGGAGUAGCUUGGCACUAGCUCGUCAGAUAGGCUGGGACCGGAGCACACCAUGCAUGUUGUUCUGCAUUCGUAACAUUGGGAAUGUGUCACGAAUCAUCGCACAUUGGGUGCGAGUUUCUCGUACCUUGAGAAAAAUAUCUUGUGAGCAUCUUUGUGGUUGGCUGCACAGCAGAGGCUUCAACAGGGGAUGACGGGGAGGCUGUCGUUUUCGAUUAUCUGGCUGGAAACAACGCCACCUCUGCGAGGAGGAAAACAAUGCAGUGAUUGUACAUAUAGAUUUAUAUCCCUUCUUUGCUUGAAUUUGUGCUUUUUGGUAUGGAGAUUAUAUGUAUGAGGAUUAGUUUUUCUUGUGAAAAUAGGCAGAUUAACUCCUUUUAUGGAUUUUAUUUCUUGAUUUUAUUUUCUUUUUGGUAGCAGACUAGACUAGCAGUUAUGUUGGAGUAGAUUCGUAGAUGUUACUUAAAAUUUUACCAUAUCUGCAUAAUUGAUCUGUGUAUACCACAGUAGAUUCAGUCCAACUAUAAUUACUUGUUUUGUUUUACUUUAUUAUUUUUUAUUAGUAAAUCAUAUGUUUCAUUUA